GGCGGGACGCAAUCCGAGAAAAAGUCGUUCCACUCCGUCUCGAACAGCGCCGCCGCCAUGACAACUGGUCCCAGCUCCGUAAACGUUCGGGUGAACACCGUCCCCACACCAACCGGUCCCCACCCCGCCCCGCAACAACAACGACUACUCCCAGCCCACACAACUCGGGAUGGCCACCCAUUUUAAUCUUUAAACGCGAAUUCACUUAUAGGUUUUAUUGCCCUGUUCAUUUGCGUUUAGUUUCAUUUUACGAACUGAUCAGCUGGUUUGGGGUGGGGGAAGUUCUUUAGACGUGCUCCCGGGUUCAGAAGUCGGAGUCCUUAACAACGGGUUCGAAGUCCCUAGCAACCACAGCACAUCGCAGGCUGAAAGAGAUUUUCGAGCAACACCGAGAUGCUGAGUUCUCCUGUUUAUCCGCUUUCUAACCCCAAAGGUGUUAAAUUAGAGUGUGAGAUGUGCCAGAAGACUGCCCAUGUUAUGUGCUCCCAGUGCAGGGUAACUUAUUACUGUGAUGUAGCACACCAAGAGGCAGAUUGGAAUGGAAUCCAUGAGAAGAUUUGCCAGCUCCUGAUUCCAAUACGGACAGCACCGGCAUUCCUUAGCUCUGCAAAAGAGAGAAAACACAAUGAGGAGCAGAUGAUCCAGAGACAGAAACACCUCAUUAAUUUGACCCGCACGGUGGCCCAGAAGCUUCUUUUUGAGGGUAAACAUGAGGAAGCAAUCCCUGGAGCCUUGCAGUCUCUGCGCUUUGCAAAUGCCGUUUAUGGCAACACCUCUGCUGAGCUAGUGCCUUCACAAUUACUCUUGGCAGAGGCCAGUAUUGGACUCGGGCAGUUAGACGAAGCAGAAAAUUAUCUCUCUCAGGCUCACUGGACAGUGAUGAGGACCACAGAGUGCGUUACUGCUAUCCAAUACAAAUUGUACCGAAACCUGGGCCUCUUGUACACAGCCAAAUGUAACAACGAGAAAGCACUCUGGUACUUUGCUGAUGAUAUUUACCAUGCCACGCAGGUGUUCAGUGCAUCUGAUAUUCGGACAGCUGGUGGAUAUUUCCACAUGGCAAAUGUGUUUUACAGAAUGAAGAAGAUGGAUAUAGCAGACUCACUCUACUCUGAGGUAACCAAUAUCUGGAAUACUUUCCUGGGUGAGCUUGUUGAGACAGAGAUACAGAAAACACUGUGGAAAGCAGGCCUCAGUUCACCAGAACCUGGCACCACUAUCGUGGAGUUGGAGGAUGUUUUCGACGAUGCCCAGGAAGCAGAAGCAGUUCAAGUUCUGCAUGCAAUUUUUGACCUGCGGAACCAAGAAUACCUUCCAAAACAAGGCAAAAUUGGAAAGAUUGCCGAGACCCUGGCUAUGCUUUAUUUCCUUUUCUUGGAUUUUAAAAAGGCUGUUGAAUAUGCAAAACUGGCUCUGGAGGACAGCCAGCUGCUUCCACACAACAAGAAAGCGAUUGACAGCAUCGUGCGUAUUCUUGAGAUGGCUGAAAAGGCACUGUCAUAUCCUGGAGGAAAGGGACCAUCCCCCUAUGCAUGGGCUAAUUCAUGCUAAACAUUGUUAAGUCAUGUGUGUCAGUGCAAAUAAAAAUGAAACACUGUA